UGUUGUACACUUGGGUAUCUUUGCUGAGUAUGCUGUGAUUUGUAAUACUUUGGUCUUCCCAGGUUUAUGGACGGAAUUAAAAGUGAGAAUAUACCCUCAGCAGUGCUCUUUUGCGGUCUGUGCAGCUCUUGUUUUGACUGCAGCAACAGCGAUCCCUGUGUGACUGCCAUGCAGCGGGCUCUUUGCAGUAGCAUCUCUUGUUAAAUAAGAAAAUCUCACACCCCUGUGGCAGCAGUGUGUCCUCCUAGGGCUGUGCAGAAAUUCCUGAAGACUGAAAAGCAGGUGGGAAUAGAAAACCAAGGAAACCCCUGACAGACAAUAUUGUUUCUUCAGAGCUCAAGAUAUUUCUGAAGUGCCUCGUGGCUCCAGUGCAUCAGUCCCUGAGAUGUCACUGAGAGCUGAAAGCAAUGCCGCUACAUCAACGCUGAAGAAAGUCGCUGCAGACAUGAGCAACAUCAUCGAGAGCCUGGACACCAGGGACCUCCACUUUGAUGGGGAGGAGGUUGAAUCGGAGGUGCUAAAUGACCCAAAAGGCACCGUGUGUAUUCCUUUCUCUGCCAUCUAUCACACCCAUGGGUUCAAAGAGCCAGGCACGCAGACGUACCUCACGGGAUGUCCUGUUCGAGUGCGUGUGUCGGAAGUUGAACGCUUUACUUCCACAAAGAAGGUACCAAGCCCCAAUGUUUACACCAUUGAGCUGACCCAUGGAGAGUUCACCUGGCAGGUGAAAAGGAAGUUUAAGCACUUCCAGGAGUUUCACAGGGAGCUGCUGAGGUACAAAGCCUUUGUGCACAUCCCUAUCCCGACCAGGAGUCACACGGUGAGAAGACAAUCCAUCAAAAGGGGAGAACCGAGGCAGAUGCCAAGUCUGCCGCACACAGCGGAGAGCACGGUGCGGGAAGAGCACUUCUCCAGCAGGAGGAAACAGCUGGAAGACUACUUGACAAAGAUCCUAAAAAUGCCAAUGUACAGGAACUACCAUGGAACGAUGGAGUUUGUUGGAGUAAGCCAGUUGUCGUUUAUCCAUGACCUGGGACCAAAGGGCAUAGAAGGGUUCAUCAUGAAGCGCUCUGGGGGCCAUCGCAUACCUGGCUUGAACUGCUGUGGCCAAGGGAGGAUGUGCUACCGAUGGUCCAAAAGGUGGCUGGUGGUGAAGGACUCUUUCCUGCUGUACAUGAAGCCAGACUCGGGGGCCAUUUCAUUUGUCCUGCUGGUGGAUAAGGAAUUCAACAUUAAGAUAGGCCAGAAAGAAACGGAAACAAAAUACGGGUUGCAGAUCGACAAUCUCUCUAGGUCAUUGAUUUUGAAGUGUAACAGCUACAGACAUGCCCAGUGGUGGAGGCAAGGCAUAGACGAGUUUAUUCGGAAACAUGGCAAGGACUUCUUCACAGAGCACCGCUUCGGGUCUUACGCAGCCGUGCGGGAGAACACACUGGCCAAGUGGUAUGUAAAUGCUAAGUGGUACUUUGAAGAUGUCGCAAAUGCCAUGGAAGCUGCUAAGGAAGAAAUUUUCAUCACAGAUUGGUGGCUCAGCCCAGAAAUCUUCAUGAAACGACCUGUUGUGGAAGGAAAUCGCUGGCGGCUGGACUGUAUCCUCAAGCGGAAGGCACAACAAGGAGUGAGGAUUUUUGUGAUGCUGUACAAAGAGGUGGAGCUUGCCCUAGGUAUCAACAGUGAAUAUAGCAAGCGGACGCUUAUGCACCUCCAUCCAAACAUUAAGGUGAUGAGACACCCAGACCAUGUGUCUUCCUCCGUGUACCUCUGGGCCCACCAUGAGAAGCUUGUCAUUGUUGACCAGUCUGUGGCAUUUGUGGGUGGCAUUGACUUGGCAUAUGGCAGGUGGGAUGACGACGAGCACCGCCUGACAGAUGUGGGCAGCGUGAAGCGAAUGGUGGCAGUGAAGUCAGUGUCAGCAACUAACCUUACAUCUGCAGCAGAGUCUGAACAUGUUCCCCUGCAGUCACAAGCUCUGUCCCCCGAAAGCCCCUUGUUCCAGAGAAAUGCUGAUGAUGCCCCAGACACAUCAAAAAUGAAAGGAGUAGGAAAACCCAAAAAGUUUUCAAGGUUCAGUAUUUACAAGCACCUCCAUAAACACGGCAUGCACCAUGCUGACAGCGUCAGCAGCAUCGACAGUGAAUCAAGUUACUAUAACCCCACUAGAAGUCAACCAAAUAUAAUCCAGAGUUUAAAGCCCCAUCUGAAAAUCUUCCAUCACCACAGUGAAUCCAAACAGGGGCUCACAGAGCCUCGGGAGGAUAAAGGAUCCAUCCGCAGCUUGAAGACAGGUGUUGGCGAGCUGCUUGGGGAAACCAGGUUCUGGCAUGGAAAAGACUACUGCAACUUCGUCUUUAAAGACUGGGUUCAACUUGACAAACCUUUUGCUGACUUCAUUGACAGAUACACCACCCCAAGGAUGCCCUGGCAUGACAUCUCCUCCGUGGUACACGGCAAAGCAGCGCGGGAUGUUGCCCGACACUUCAUCCAGCGCUGGAACUUCACCAAGAUUAUGAAGCCCAAAUACCGAUCCCUGUCCUACCCAUUCUUGCUGCCAAAAUCUCAGCAGACUGCUAAUGAGUUGAAGUAUCAGGUGCCCGAGGCUGUUAAUGCCACAGUCCAGGUGAUCCGUUCUGCUGCUGACUGGUCAGCUGGCAUUAAAUACCACGAGGAGUCCAUCCACAAUGCCUAUAUCAGUGUGAUAGAAAACAGCAAGCACUACAUAUAUAUAGAAAACCAGUUUUUUAUUAGCUGUGCUGAUGACAAAGUUGUCUGGAACAAGAUUGGGGAUGCGAUUGCACAGAGGAUUCUUAAAGCUCACAGGGAAAACAAGCGUUUCCGAGUGUACGUGGUGAUCCCGCUGCUGCCUGGGUUUGAAGGAGACAUCUCGACUGGUGGGGGGAGUGCACUGCAGGCCAUAAUGCACUUCAACUACAGGACCAUGUGCCGAGGAGAAAACUCAAUCCUGGGCCAGUUGAAGACAGAGGUUGGAGAUAAGUGGAUAAACUACAUAUCGUUCUGUGGACUUCGAACAUAUGCUGAGUUGGAAGGAAAACUAGUCACAGAGCUCAUCUAUGUUCACAGCAAGCUGCUUAUUGCUGAUGACAACACAGUUAUAAUCGGCUCUGCCAACAUCAAUGACCGCAGCAUGCUGGGAAAGAGGGACAGCGAGAUGGCCAUCAUCGUGCAGGACACUGAGACCAUCCCCUCUGUGAUGGAUGGGGAAGACUACAGCGCUGGGAAGUUUGCCCAGUCCCUCCGGCUGCGGUGCUUCAGGGUUGUCCUUGGCGGCUCUGAUCUCAGUCCGGAACACCAGGAUCCUGUGUGUGACAGAUUUUUCAAGGAGGUGUGGAUUUCUACAGCAGCUCGCAAUGCCACCAUCUUUGAUAAGGUUUUUCGAUGCCUUCCCAGUGACCAGGUGAAUAAUUUAACCCAACUGCGUGAUUUCAUCAACAAGCCCAAAUUAGCGAAUGAUGAUCCUGCGAAAGCAGCAGAAGAAUUGAAAAAGAUUCGUGGGUUUUUAGUACAAUUCCCCUUUCGUUUUCUGGAGGAAGAGUACUUGCUUCCCUCCGUUGGAACAAAGGAGUCCAUGGUACCCAUGGAGGUUUGGACUUAAGAAGACUGCUUUAUGUUUUAAACUCUGGUUCUCUAGAGACAAGUUGUUGAACAUUACAGGAUUUUGGAAAGCCUUUUAUUGCUGAGAGAGGUGACAGAUCUCCACCAAGCUAACGUGCCCUUCUUAAGGAUUUUGGUGGAGGAACUCAAAGCAAGUCAACACUAGCAAAAGAGAGGAGCAGAAAGACUUAGAAAUUAUGGCAGAUGAGACGUUUAACCUCUGAAGGAGUUACUUCUUAUGGCAUGUUCUGAGUGCCUAAAGGACGCAGGCCACUUCCUAGGACAAGAAACAAAUCCCAGUUGCUGUUGUUACUACUGCCAGCUGUAUACUGUGGUUGCAUACGUACUGUGAUUGUGCUGUGGCUGUGCAGGAAUGAUGGGCUGCAUGUGCUUCUAAGGCUUUCGGGUAUCUGCGCCUUGGCUUGCUGGAGUCCCCCAUCUCACCCCUUUCAUAUGCCGUCAGAGCAUGACAUACAACUCUGAUGCUGUCAGGAAGUGCUGUUUGGUGCUGCCUUGGGCUGUCCUACCACUUGCAGGUGUUUCACUUCUUAAAUGGAAAUGGACUAAGAAUCUUGUAUCAGA